GAUUUGCCUCUUUAACAUAAACCCAUUCAGCUGUUGGGAACUCGUUCUUACAUAGACGAAGACGCUCAACCGCGUCGCUUCGCAUUCGAGCCACGCACAUUGGACGUCUCUUUGGCAAUGUUGGAUAUAUCCAAUCCGACCGAUGUCCUUUACUCUUCUACGCGUCUGACUCCAAUUCUGGAAAGCAGCAAUUCCCUGUACUCUUUGGUAAUCGAUGAGCUGACUGCAAAUACGGUGUACGAUGUGCAAAUUCGAUCCAUGUAUCAGACUUCGAUGUUGCCGCAUAACGUGGAUCAAUCGGCACCGGUUGCCAGAACAAGCUGUCAGACAAUGAUGUUACCCCCUUCUCAUGUUCCGGUCCCGAUACCAGUUGCGACGAAACCCCGAACAGGCCAAGUGGUAGUGCGCGUGUUUCGAGUCAGUGAAAUUCUCGGUCGGAUCCGCCGAUACUAUCUCAUUCUGAGCAAAACCUCCUCCUUGGUGGACUUUUCAGUGAGACCAAUAGCCCAAGAAUCCUACUGGCAGAACACGUUUCAACAGAACUGGGACCCAGACUCUUUUGUUGCAGCUGAAUACAGCCAAGAAGUCUUCAGUGAACCACAAAUGGAGUUACUUUUGAGUAGUCCAAGUUAUUCACGCCUGAAACGGUGCACGGGAGUUAAAAGUACGAACAAUGGAUCUGUGACUCGUCAUCGCCCUGGCCGAUCUAGCGAUUUACCAGCGUCAGACCCGAACAUCCUUGUCUAUGGGCGUCACCUGAUGCCUCACCAGGAGUACAAGGCCUUUGUACUGGCAUGCAUCUACCCCAAUACCGAUUGCAGUUCAAAACCGCGCGAUGACGUGUUUUCAGCCGAACAGAAUUUCGCCCAGAGUGAUCUGCCAAAUAAAGCCGGACCGGUUGAUGGCGUCGAGAUGAUUGAUUCAAACGCCAGGUUGUGCACCUCAAGCGACUGGUCUGUUGGCUUUAGCCCACAUAAACUUAUAACGUAUGAGGACCACACAGAAACAGGGACACAAGAGCCGAGUGAGGAGCCGUUUGGUCCGGUCGCGCGCCCUAAAAUCCAGCUCGGAGGACAUGCGGACACAUUCACCGUGGCGCUGACCGCGCUGAUCGUGGGACUGGGAAUCGUGGCCAUCAUUUGCAUAGCGGUUGGAUGCAUCAUGCGGCAGCGAAGAUCGAAGACUCUUCGGAAUAACAUGACCAUAUCCCUUGCAAGCGUGGACAACUCACUGAAAACUCCGCUAGCGAACCCUAAGACUGCCAACUUCAGUGAGAACAACGGUAAAAUCGAACAACUACAAACAAAGCCUCUCGCAACUGCAAGUCCAUCUCAGUCAAUCCUUGGAGUUUCACAUUCAAAUUGCAACACCCCCGUGAAAAUCCGUUCCGCCAUCUCCAUCACCCAGUUGCCAGAGCACGUGACAAUGCUCAAAAUGAACAGUGGUUUGGAAAUGUCGGAGGAGUACGAAAGCAUUGAAGCAGGAGCUGGAAUGACCUGGAUUCAUGCGAAUAUGGAGGAGAAUCGACCGAAAAAUCGAUAUGCCAAUGUGGUGGCCUACGAUCAUUCCAGAGUGAUUCUGAAUGAGAUCAAAGGUGUUCCAGGAUCCGAUUACAUCAACGCAAACUACAUAGACGGAUACCAGCGUCAAAAGGCCUACAUUGCCACGCAGGGUCCACUGCCGGAAACCUUUUACGAUUUUUGGCGUAUGGUAUGGGAACAAAACACACACAUCAUUGUCAUGAUGACGCGGUUGGAAGAGCGCGCGCGAGUGAAAUGUGAUCAAUAUUGGCCCACCCGAGGAACAGAAACGUACAGUAUGCCUCAGGGAGAACAACCCAUGCUGGACGCAGCAUGUAGCUACACCGUCUCUAUCAAAGACACUCAGGAGUUUGCUUAUUACACCCUACGCACCUUUAUCUUGAAACGGAAUGAUCUCAAUUUGGACACCGAAGUACAAGCGCAGCAACGACAGCAAUUGUACAGGACGCCGAAUCCAAACGAACGUCAACGCGAUGUUAAAGAGGUGAAACAUUUUCAGUUCACCGCCUGGCCAGAUUAUGGAACGCCGGAUCACGCGCAACCUCUGCUGCUAUUUAUUCGCCGUGUGUCCCAAGUACGGUCGCAAAUACUGCACCAUUUGCAGCAAGAACGGAUAGCUAAUGGAGAUUCGUUCAACGGUGCAGAGCACUCCAGACAACACCACAGCGAGAUGGGUCCAACCAUUGUGCACUGUUCCGCCGGAGUGGGUCGGACAGGUGCAUUCGUGGUUAUCGACUCACAGCUGGAACGAUUGCAACAUGAAAAAUCAAUUGACAUUUUCGGUUCCGUUGGCCGUAUGCGCAACCAGAGGAACUUUAUGAUACAAACAGAGGAGCAAUACACUUUCUUAUAUGACGUGUUCGUGGAGGCGGUCACAGUAUACGGAACAGAGGUAACGGCGCAUGGUUUGUACAAUCACGUACUAAAGCUGCGCCAAACCGCUCCGAGUAAUCUCAUGGCACACAAAAGAAUGAUGGAGAAUGGCGUGCAAGACGGUAGCAUGAAAGAAUUAUCCAUGGGGUUCGGUCAGUCCGGGUUGGAUUUGGAAUUCAAGAGGCUGUCGGAAAAUCUCGUGAGCAGCAAACAGUUCAGUUCGGCGCUGCUCCCGGAAAAUCGACUGAAGAACCGCACGGCGGACAUCCUACCUUACGAGUAUAAUCGUGUUUGCCUACCGGUGAUACGAGGACUAGCGGGAUCUGACUACGUCAAUGCCAAUUUCAUAGACGGAUACCGGAAGAAGCACGCUUACAUAGCCACGCAAACUCCUCUGCUAAACACGGUCGACGACUUCUGGCGUAUGAUGUGGGAACAGGGCUCCCCGAUCAUCGUUGUGUUAGGCGACUCUUCCACUAGCGGAAAUAUUCCACCGGGAUCACAACAAGAUGCUUACUGGCCGACGGAACGUUCAACUAGGUACCAACAUUUAUUGGUAGAGCCAAUGGUUGAAUACAAUAUGCCCCAUUUUAUACUCCGAGAGUUCCGACUCACAGAUACGAGGGACGGUCAAUCGCGUACUCUGAGACAGUUUCAGUUGCACGGGUGGCCGCAAGAUGUCGUUGUCCCAAGGUCAGCAGAAGCGAUUAUCGAUCUCAUCGGACAAGUCCACAAAACAAUGGCUCAAUUUGGACAGGAAGGCCCGAUCACAGUGCAUUGCAACUCCGGAUCUGGGCGGACAGCCGUGUUCAUCGGUCUCAGUUUGCUUCUUGAGCGAAUGCGAUGCGAGGGAAUGGUGGAUGUGUUCCUGACGACGCGAAUGCUACGCACUCAGCGGAUGGGAAUGAUCCAAACCACGGAUCAGUACGCAUUUUGUUACGCGGCCACGCUGGAAUACCUCGCGUCGUUCGACCAUUACACCAGCCAGUAACUCUUGCGCCAUCCUGUCCGAACUCCGUCCCGAUGACAGAGUCAAUCGAGAACACUGCGGAUACCCGAAACGCUCCGGUGUGUGUGCAUAGGCGCUUUGUAUGUUGUGUAUUACAGUUGCAUUGUACACUUACUACAUUUCAAUCCCAUCCACGGCUAAACACAGAAGACAAGAUGAUGAGGAAGAGUUGAAGUACUACUAAACUGUAUUGGUCUGCUGGAAACUAUGUGGUGUGUAGUAGAACCUGCGAUGUAUCUAUGAAAGAGAAAUUUUUACAGUU